AGGCAGGCACCGCGCAGCUUUUUUACCCCGGCUUGUUGUUGUUCUUCCCAAAGAUCGCUUUUUUUUUUCGCAUUCGCAUUCGGACUCGACUCGACUCGACUCGAUUCUGUGUGGCAUGACAAUUUGCGAUAAUUAAAAGGAGACGUGAAGGAGCAGCAUAUGCAAACGAAGGGAGAAUUAAUAGUAUAUAGAGCCUAUGGUCGAAUCUCCCACUCUCUCGCUCUCUCCCACUCAAGUGAUAAGAAAACACCCAACAAGUUUGUGCGUGUCCAAGUGUGCAAGUGUGCGUGUUCGUGUGUAUGUGUGCUGGUGUACAGUGGAAUGCAUUUGAUUAGAUUUUUUUGGUUGUCAAACAAACGUCCACCCGCAGCAGCCCUGCAGCCCUGCACCCCCUCUGGACGGUCGAUCGCCCUGUGCAUAAUUUACUAAACAAAAGCAAAAGCAAUAGCAAAAGCAAAGCUCAACACAAUCAUUUCUGCGAGAACCGGUUCACUAAAUACCCGUUUCGGCAUCGGGUACACGGGCAUCGUUUGUCGUUUUUCCUUCUUUCGGUUGCGGUUCGGUGUUCGGUGUUCUUCGGUUCUUCGGUUCUUUGGGGCCGCCGUUUCAUACACACUCGCUCGUAGCUUUUGUGCCACUCUUGCAGAAUUGUACUGCGCGUGUGCACCGGAAACAAACGACAGUACGAUCGACCGACGGUAAGACGCAACGCGACGCGAGGCGACACGACACGACGGUCUGUUCUGCCAUUCACAUAAAAGCCAUAGAGCCAUCGAGCCAUCGAGCCAUAAAGCCAUCCCAUCCCGUUGAUAAGAAAAGCCCCGAAACCACCAGAAAUCGAAAACGAAAACGAAUCUUGCAACGCUUUCAACUUUCAUAGCGCGAAAUGCUGAUUGUGUGGAAAUAUCAAUCGGAAUGAUUGACAGCCCACGAAUGUGUGUCAUAUCGAAAUAUUCACCAAUUGAAAUCAAUUUCUGUUGAAGAAUAUUUGUGCACCGUUUCGGUUAUCCGAGAGCAAAACUAGUGGGUGCUACGCUGCAGAUUUAUGCCAGAUAAAGAUACAGCUGUUUUAUAGAUCUCUCUCGUUCCCCCAAAACCAAAAUCAAUUGGGUUUUUUAGUGUGCAAAUCAAUCAACAACGAAAACAGCAGUUGAGAAACAAAACAACCAACAAUAAAGAAUGUGGCCUAAACACUUGAAAGGCCAAAAAGGCCCCCGCAAAACUGGCAACUGUUGAAAGCAAUUAAAAGUACGGUUAAAACCAAAACAAAACCUGAAAUAGUGGAAAUAGCACACAAAACAAAACAAAAACAACAGAAAAAAAGUGAGGAAAAACGAAAGAAAAUGUCAGACCCACAGCCAAAGGAUACGGCAUUAAAGACUAAAGAUACAGCAGUUGCAACACCAGCAGCAGCAGCAGCAGCAGCUACAGGUCUGGCCACAUUGCCGCCUCCGCAAACUGCCACUGCCACAAAAACAACAACAACAGCAUUGACAGGGCGAAAAACUUUAACCUCCAGUCGGGCAUUGUCAUUGUUUGAUCAGCUGAAAAACGGCGUCAAUUUAAACAGUUUAACAAUUGGCGCCACAGCCACUGCCGCAGCUACAGCCACUGCCACAGCAACAGAGCAGGCGGCAACAUCCACUGCCACAGGAUCCACACCCACAAGCACUGCCCUGCCGGCACUGGCACCGCCCCCAGUGCCCCCCGUGCCACCAGUGCAACACUCGAACAUCGAGCUGAAGCCGCCCGCCAAGCCGCCCCGUUUGUUCAGCACGCCCAGCAGCAUUGGCAUUGUCCAGGGCACCAAAAGGGGGGCCAACGGCGAUGGAACGGGGACUGCCGGUGCCGCACAGUCGUCUGCCGCAUUGGAUAUAAACGCACUGCGAUCUCAGCUGUAUCAGGGCGCCGCAGCACCACCAGGAGGAGCCGCAGGAAGCGCAGCAGGCACCGCCGGAGGUGGAGGAGGAGGAGGCGGCACGAAGAAGCGGUGCCGGGAUCGAUACGAUUCGUCAGAGUCAUCCGACAGCGGCGUUGCCACUUCGCUGAGCUGCGCGGACUCCAGCACGGGCUCCAGUGAGGAUGCGUCCGAGCCCGGCUCCCCGUACAGUGCGCACUCGCAACUGAGCGACGAACAGCUGACCAAGAUGCCGCCCCAGAUACUCAGCGGGAGCAGUAGCACUCCCAGCGGCCCGAACAGCUCCUCCACAGCGUCCUCCACCUCCACAUCCCACAGCAGCCCGACAGCAGCGGCGGCGACGCCUCCAGCUUCGGCCAUUCCCACCCACGGCCACGCCCACAUCCACAGCCUCAGCAUCAGCACUGCCAAACCCACAACGAUGCCGAUGGCCAUGGCCAACUCCCAGGGGCGACAGCCCAGCCUGCUGCCCACCCUCCAGUGGCCGUGGAACACGAAUCUGGGCAGCACCUCCACCGCCGUGCCCGCCGUAGCGGCCAACAAGAAGCGUCCAGCUGGAGGAUCGGGACCGGGCGCCGGCGGCGCAGAGGGGAGCAGUCCGGCCUCGGCGGCGGCCAAGAAAAGUCGCUGCGAGCCCCAGGCAGGCAGCGACGCGAGCAAAAGACUGAAGGCGGCGGCCCUCGAGGAGUCGCAGACGAAGAUCACCGGCUUCUUCAAGUCCCAGAUGAAGCCCUCGCCGGGGGGCAAACUGUCGCCGCCACCCAACGCCAACGCCAUCGCCAGCACAGCCCCUGCCCUGCACCCGGCCAACACGCUGACCAUGAGCACGCCCGCCACGACCGCCUCCUUGAACAAGUACUUUAACAUUUUGUCGCAGCUCAAGGAGCAGAAACAGCAGCAACAGCAGCAGCUGCAGAUGCAACAGCAGGCGACAAAACAGGCCACGCCCAGCCCCGCUGUCCUGGCGCCGCCACAGCCGAAUGUGAGUGCAACGACACAGGCGCCACCGCCACCGUCAGCGUCACUGCCACUGCCAGCCAGCCAGACGACGAGUCUGCCCGUUCCGGCUCUCAAGAAGAUCGAGCGGAGCACCAAGCAGCCGGCGAAGAUCGCCCAGGUGGCGCCCAAUCUGCGCAAGACGCCCAGCAACGGCAGCAACCACAGCAACUCCUCCUCCAGCUCCUCGUCCUCCACCUCCUCGAACGGCUCCAACAGCUCCCACACGGGGGUGGGCAAGUCGCCGGCCAAGAAGCACGUGGCCAUCGCACCGCGAACGCCCGAGAUGAAGCAGCAGCAGCAGCAACAACAGCAGCUCCAGCUGCAGGCGCAGGCCGGAAAGGCGGCCAUGUCCUACCGUCCGCCGGGCACGAGUCCGGCGCUGAAGCAGAAGAUCUCUCCGGCCCCAGGGCCAGCCACCAACACUGCCGCGUGCACCGCCAUCACGCAUCCGACGACGCCGGCCGCCCCGAGCCCCAACGCCAAUCCCAACCCCAAUGCGACGCUCUACCAGCUGCCCGUGCAGCUGCCGAAUCUAGUCCAACUGCCGCCCCAACUGGCGGCCGCCGCCAACAUCAUGCAGCUGAACAACGUGGCCAAGGCGGCGAUGGCCACGGCAGCGAACAACAAUGCGGCCGCCGCACAGGCGGCCCAAGCGGCCCAGGCAGCCGCCGCCCAGUACUUCCUCAACGGAACGGUGUUCAAGCUGCAGCAGGUGACAACGGCCACGACUACGACGGCCACCACGGCCACGGCAGCGGCCUCCACGGGCAAUCCCUUCGGUCUGCUCAGCGCCAACGAGCUGCAGGACCUGCUGAUGAAGCAGCAACAGCAGCAACAGCAACAGCUCCAGCAGCAGCAGCAGCAGCUGCAACUGCAGCAGGCGGCGGCGGCCAAGGCAGCGGCGACCACGCCCUCGCCCAACAGUGCGCCCAACUUCCAGGAGCUGUUCCAGCAGCAGAUUGCUGCCGCCAUCCAGCAGCAGCAGCUGCAGCGACUGGUGCAGGGAGGAGCCGCCGCCGCUGCGGCCCAGCCAGUGUUCAUGGCCACGCCGGCGGGUCUCCUGCUCAACGCUGCCACGCUGCCUGCCAUGCUGGCCCAGGCGGCGGCAGCCAUUGCGGCCAACAAUCAGCAGCAGCAGCAACAGCAACAACAACAGCAGCAGCAGCAGCAGCAGCAGAAGGUGGCCGCCACCCUGGCCCUACAGCAUCAUCAACAUCAUCAGCAACAGCAACACCAGAGCCUGCCCGCCCUGCAGCCCAUGCCCGCCCUGAGCUCCAUCUUCGAGCCUUCGACGGAGCAGCAGCAGCAGCAACAGCAACAGCUGCAGAUGCAACAACUGAUCACUGCCAGCAACAACCAUAAUGCCUCGAAUAAUCUAAGUAGCAUCAACAGCACUGCCAUGCAACUGCACCAGCAGCAGCAGCAGCAACACCAACACCAACACCGGGCGAUUGUGAAGCCUCCGAGGCUCAGCUCCAGCCAGCCCCCGCCUCUGGUGACCAUCUCGAACUCAUCCAUGGCCACCAAGCCGCCGAUCCUGCCGCGUCGCAAGGUGACGAGCACGUCUUCCACCACGUCGCAGAUCUUCGGACUGCGGCCGCCCACCGAUGAUGUUGACCUCAAGAGCAGGACACGCUCCCUGCCACCCAAGACGGCCCCUGCCAUUGCCACGCCUACGACACCACCGCCACUAGUGCCCACAUCGGCCACCAAAGAACUGUGUCAGCUGCGGAAGAGCACGACCCCAGUGGCAUCCGUAGCCACGGUCGCGCUCGCGCUGGCGCCCACUCCCACGACAUGUAAUCCCACGCCGCCGCUGGUUAGCAUUGCGCCCUCAAAGCUGACGCCCACGCUGAGCAUGGCGAAGGUCCAGGUGCCGGCCCUGAAGUUGGGCACCAGCAGCAGCAGCAGCAGCAGCAGCAGUAGCAUCAAUGGCGGUGGCGGUGGCGGUGGCGGUGGCGGUGGCGUCACACCCGAUCUCUUUGACCUGGUCAAGAACUCGCACGGAGCCAUCAGCAUCGUGGCCAAGGCGAGCAGCCAUCCGCUGACGCCGCUGCCCUUCAGCUCGCCGAGCAGCAACAGCAGCAGCAGCCUCCUGCGAUCCUCGCCGGCGCUGUCCAGCUCCAACUCGUGCACGCUGUCGGCCUUCAGCAAGAUCAAGGCGGAGCCCUCGGAGGAUUCGGCCUCUGCCCUCGUGGCGGCAGUCUCGCAAUGCUCCUCGGUCUCCUUCCUGGCCUCGCCCAAGCCGCAGAGCUUUGCCGGCCAGCUGCCUAGCAGCAGGGGCACUGCGGACGUCGUGAAGCACGACCUGCUGCCGGAGUGCAGCAACAGCAACUCGAACUCCAACUCCUGCAGCAGCUACUCCAACAGCGUCAGCUCCGCGGCGGAUCUCUCGCUGGAGCCCUCGACGCCCGCCUCCCUCUGCUCGCCCUCGCCGGCGCCGUCGCCCUCGGCUGGCAGCAGCAGCAGCCGGAGGGCUGCCAGUCAGACGGACAUGCUGAGCGAGAUGGUCACCUCGUCGUGCAUCUCCAGCGGGGGCGAGGACUGCUCCCAGACGACCACAGACAUGACACAGCCGCCGCCGGAGAAGAGCGAGCCGACGGCCACGCCGCCUCCGAUCGCCAGCAGCAACAGCGGAGGAAGCAGCAGCAGCGGGAGCAGCAACUACGACGAGGAGGACGACAAGUCGGUGGGCUCCCUGGAGACGCAUCCGACGCACAAGCGGCUGCGGGAUCUGCCCACGCCCGAGUCCGGGAUCGGGGGCAGCCUGAGCAACAGCGAGAGCAGCAACUCCAUCGCGGAUGGCAUGUCUACCAAAUCCGUCUCGGCCUGCCCGCCCACCACUGCCUCGUCCGCGUCCGCUUCCGGCUCGGACAGCAACUCCCUGGCCAGCAACGCACCAUCGCCCGAAGCUCCAGACUCCCCGGACUCGAGCUCCCCUUGCCCCACGCCGGCCAGCAGCACGGAGUCCACGAUGGUGGACACGGCCCUGGCCGAAUCCGCCAGCAAGAGCCUGCCCAAGUGCGCCAUUUCGCCGAUCCUCUCGCAGCCAAAGACCAUCCGGUUCCCGGCAGGAGCCGGCACCGGCGGCAAGGGCGGAAAGCGGCACGACGGCGUCUGCUACUGGGACAAGUGCAACAAGAAGCACGAGAGCAACUCGAAGCUGCUGGACCACAUGCAGACGCACCACGUGAACACCCAGACGGGGCCCUUCGCCUGCCUCUGGGUGGGCUGCAAGGUGUACAACAAGGAGUCCUGCUCGCGCCGCUGGCUGGAGCGCCACGUCCUCUCCCACGGCGGCUCCAAGCAGUUCAAAUGCAUUGUCGAGGGCUGCGGAAUAAGGUUCGGUUCCCAGCUGGCUCUGCAGAAGCAUGUGAACAACCACUUCAAUGCCACGGACAACGUCAAGGAGAGCGCCAGCAAGCGCACCUCCGAUCCGCCCGUGCCCAAGCAGCUGCGGAAGAACGGCAAGAAGCUGCGCUACCGCCGACAGCCCUUCUCAGCUCGCAUGUUCGACUUCUUCGAUACGGGCAUCAUGGAGGGGCUGCAGCAUCGCCUGCGCCAGAUCAGCACGCUCACCAAAGGCUCCCAGGCCAUCACCUUCCAGGGCCAGUGCCUGAUGCGGAGGCGCAACAGCCAGGGUGGCCACGAUUGCUUCGUGCGUUGGUCCCCGCGCGAGAUAAUAUCUGACGAGUGGUUGCCCGAGUGUCCGAAUCGGACGCGCUGCCACACGAAGGUGGUGCAGAUCAAGCACAUGCGUCCAGCGGAGAAGACCCGCGUGGACAGCCUUCUGAGUACGGCCUUCAGGCUGCGCUACGACGCCCAGCUCUUUGCCGACGACUACAAUGUGAACGAGCUGCAGGAAAUGGGCGCUAGUGACUGCGAGGAUGACGAUGAGGAGGACGAGAAUGAUGAAGAGGACGAUGAGGAGGAGGAGGAGGACGAUGGCGUCUCUGCGACGGUCAGCUCGAGGACUGCCAGCAGUGGGACCGUGUCCAGCUACCAGCAGGUGCUCAGCAUUGCCAAACUGCAGAUGCAGCAGCGUCGCAAGCACCCCCGCAAACCGCCCAAGAUGGUGGCCACGGAUGCUCUGGUGCCUAUUUAAGAACCACAGAACAGCAAGCAACCGCAGAAAAACAAAAGUAUUCUCUAAGUAAUUACACACACACAGAAAAUCCACAAGCGACAAACGAGUAAACAGUGACAACUAGAAUAGAUAUUCUACGAUCUAAGUUAAGCCAUCAUACCAUAUGCUAUAAAGAUCUAUUAACAGACACAGCCACAGCCACAGCCACCAUCUAGGGUGCAGUGCACCAUCCCAUAGACAGGGCCCGCUUCGUUCAGUUGCCCUAGCUGUCCCAUUUGCUCCAUUUGAUCGAUCAUCCUUCGUUCGCUGUAAAUUGUACAUACAUUAAUCGCAUAUAAGAAAUCCGAGUCAGAAGAUCCUGUGGCCACCUUAUCGCAACCCACCCGCGCGUUCGAGCAACUGUUAUGAACAAAUGUCUUAAGUUUUAACGUCUCUAGUUGUAGGUUUUAGCCCUUAGUUAAUUGUACAUUUUGAUAGAGCCCAUAGGGAGUAUGGACUAUGGACUAUGGAGUACGGAGUGGACAAGACUUGUUUGUUUCUAAUGUAUUUUUUUUAUUAGUUUAUCGUUUAUCCACACGUUUUAUUUCGUUAGUUCGUUUCGUUCGUUCUAUUGUUGUAGUCGUACCUUUAGGACCUGGCCAAAACAUCCAACCACGCACACAACCCUCGUCUUGGCUCGGCUCGUGGGUCAACGGGCUAACUUUAAAAUAGAGCAGAGAGAGGGAGAGAGAAAAAGCAAAGGCAAAGGCAAAAGGUGGUAGAAGGUAGAAAAACAAGCAAAGAAGAACACAAGACUUGAAGCAUUUACAAAAGCUAUAAUAAGCUGCAUCAAAUAUUUGUAAAACAUUUUGUACUCAAUUCGAACAGCAAUGCAAACACCAUUUUUAAGCCUAGGCCCCGAGACACGAUUGAUUAUCCAUUAAGUUAGUGCAAAUCCCAUGCAAAACUCGUCUCCAAGAGGAGCAGUCGUCUGUACAUAAUAUAUUAUAUAUCAUUAACUAGUUUCGCUCUUAAGCCCUUAAGCCCCUAAACCUACCUUAAACCUAAACGAAUCAUUCAGAACCUAGCCAAGGUAAAAAUAAAGUUAUCGAAAGGAGCAGCAGAGCCACACAGCAUACACUCACACACAUUAGAGCGAUGUAUCCUAUCCUAUCUAUUCUUUUCACUGAUGUUGCUGUUGGUUUUACAUACAUAUGUACAUACAUAUCUGAACGGCAGACCCAUAUAAAAGAAAAUUCGCCUUAACAGUAAACGUAAUUUAUAAUUCUUUCUACUCCAAUGAAUUUAUAAGUGAAUUUUUAACGUAAGUAAAACCAAAAGCAACCAAACGUAAACUGAAAAUCGAAAACGAAACCGAAACCGAAACCGAGUACUCAACACUGCCAAAAAAUGUAAUUAAACAACAUGAACCACACAGUUGUUAGGAACGACUGAUAUAUUUAGAGUGCAAGGAGUCGGAGAUGCCCCAAUGGCAAUCCUUUUUCAAUAUGUUGCAACCAUAAAACUGCCCAAAAGAGAGAUGUGUAUCAUAGCUACGUAUAUCAUCUGAGUAUCUGAGUGUUGUCUGAAGAUAGUGUAGAUGCGUCUCUGUGCCCCAAUUAGUUUUAGCCGAUAAUUGUAUACAAGAAUCAAAUAUAUAUAUAUGUAUACACGAAUCUAUAUGCGCCCCCCCCCCUGGCUUUUAUAGAACCUGAUGAUCGUAUGGAAAGCAAUACUUUACAUAAUACUUUAUAAUCGCUGAUCGAGUUUAGUUCUUCCAUUCGGUUCCACUUUCGAUGCCUUUCACCCAAAAUUGUUCAAGGCUUUGUAUGGCAACAAAAACACAAGAGAAUCUAAAACUAAAAAAAAACUACUAAAACGGAAAAAGCGGAAAGGAAAAAGAUUAACAUGAAAAUGAAGAUAUAGAAAUUCAAAUAAAAUAAAACUACCUCAAAUUUUUGCAAGCAUAGAACGAACACACAAAAAAAGAAGAAUUUUUCGAGACAAAUUUUCUAGAGCAAACAAAGUAUUGUAUUGUAUGUAGGAACAGAACAGCAUUACGAGUAUAUGUACUAUAUAUUGUAUUUAAAGAGUUCAGCAAAAAAUGUAUUCAGGAACCGAAAGAACAACAACAACAAGGGAAAGCAUAGACACGUAGGACACACAUA